AUGAAACAGACAGACGGAGCGAAGGGAGGGAGGAAGAGAGCUGACUUGUGUGUCCAGAGUUAAUCAGCUGACCUUCCCCUCCUUUUAUUGCAAUUCCCCAGAGCUACCGGCUCUGCCUUUCUCUGCCUCUCUGUAUGUGCCGGCUGACUCCAGGACAGCCUCUUUUACAGUCUUCUCCUUCUGCUUUCACUUCUAGGACCAUGUGGCACACUGCUGGUCUUCUCCUCUUUAGUUUCUCAGCUCUGGUCCCAGUGUCCCAGCAGGGUCCCUACCAGCGUCACCUGCUGAAGCAGCUCCUGAAAGACUACAACCGCAUGGAAAGGCCAGUGGCCAAUGACUCGCUUCCUCUGACCGUCAACCUGACGAUGAUUCUUGUGCAGAUAAUGGAUGUGGAUGAGAAAAAUCAAGUUCUCACUACGAACGUUUGGCUGCAAAUGCACUGGUAUGACCACUACCUGCAGUGGAACCAGUCUGAGUUCCCAGGCGUAAAAAACCUCAGAUUCACCACAGACCAAAUCUGGACACCUGACAUCCUUCUGUACAACAGUGCUGAUGACGAUUUUGAUUCCACUUUUAAGACAAAUGUGUUGGUCAACUCCAGCGGCUUUUGCCAGUACUUGCCCCCAGGGAUCUUCAUGAGUACAUGCAAUGUGGACGUCCGCUGGUUCCCUUUUGACAUCCAGAAGUGCGAGAUGAAGUUUGGCUCCUGGUCCUUCGACGGCUGGUUGCUGGAUCUGCAGAUGAAAGAGGCUGACAUUUCAGGCUACAUGCCGAAUGGAGAGUGGGACCUGGUGGGAGUUCCAGGCACCAGGAAUGAGCUGUACUACGACUGCUGCAAGGAGCCCUACCCCGAUGUGACCUUUGUAGUGACCAUCCGAAGACGCACGCUCUACUAUGCCCUCAACCUGCUGAUCCCCUGCGUGCUGCUGUCCUCCAUGACACUGCUCAUCUUCGUGCUCCCCGCAGACUCUGGGGAGAAAAUCUCUCUGGGUAUCACUGUGCUGCUGUCUCUGACCGUCUUCAUGCUGCUGGUAGCUGAGAUCAUGCCGGCCACGUCAGACUCCAUACCGUUGAUAGGGCAGUACUUUGCCAGCAUUAUGAUCAUCGUGGGCAUGUCUGUGAUAGCCACUGUGGUGGUGCUGCAGUAUCACCACCAUGACCCCAAUGGAGGAGACAUGCCCAAAUGGGUGCAGCUGGUCUUGCUGCAGUGGGUGGCCUGGUUUCUGCGGAUGAAACGGCCAGGAGAGAGUGACGAGCGUGAGCGCCCUCCAUGUGCCCCCCACCUGCGGCGCUGCUCGUCUGGCUCACACAGUGGCAGCUUGCCCCAGCCAGUGGAGCCCUCCCUGCACCCGCUGCACCCACAGAACCUGCCUCACGCCGGGCUCCCUCAGCUGCACUCACAGGCCAGUGCCAACAAUGGCAACUUGCUCUACAUUGGCUUCCAGAACCUGGACGACCCACCCCUUGUCACAGAUCCAGCACAGAGAGGCAGCAGCCUGCCCCAAAGGGGGGUCCCAGGGGUGGGGGCUUCUAGCCCCCCUCCCCACCUUGCUCAGGCCCCGCCCACCCUGGACAAUGUGGGCUGUGUGGGAACUGCAACGAGUGGCUUGGGAGUCGGAGCUCUGGCAGGAACGGGACUGGGUGCCCAAACGGCCCUAGGGGACCCCCAGCUGCAGGCCAUCCUCGAGGAAGUGCGCUUCAUGGCCGACCACUUCCGCGAGCAGGACGAGAGCGAGAGCAUGGCGGAGCAGUGGAAAUUCGCGGCAGCGGUGAUCGACCGCCUCUGCCUGGUGGCCUUCAGCGUCUUCAACAUCAUCUGCACCAUCUCCAUCCUUAUGUCUGCACCCAACUUCGUGGAGGCUGUGUCCAAAGACUUCGUCUGAGCUGUGAGGCCGGUGGACCAUUGCAUCCUGUGGCACUCAACUUUUGGGGGGAGGGGUUUUCAAGCUCUCUGCCAUUUCGCUAGCUUGAGCUGGCAGCAAUCCACCUCCCCCACCCCACCGGAGAACCUGCGCUGUACCCAGAUAGAAGCCGCUCAGCCCUUCGCAAACCUGUGGGAAACGUCCUCAGCAUUCAUCGGCAUCCUAAAUAUCAGCAAAACAAAAUAAAACACUUCAUUGUUUCUGAGAAUGUUGCUUCAUCAUUCACUUCCCCCUCCACCUUAGUGCCUCAGUGUGUGUAUGACACAGAAAAAUGACAAUGGUGCAGGAGUGCUGACUCUCUGCUGAAUGGGCUCUCACUGAUAAAUUGGCAGUGGAGAGAACGGGAAAGGCACGCUUACUGGCAGGGAUGGGAGGGGACGACUCAGAUGGUGAUCAAUGGCCGCAUUAGUCUCUGUCCUUCACACGACAGCAUCAGUCAGGCGCUGUGCUCCACAGGCUCACUGUCACUUUGUAGUGUGCAGCUUAAAUCUGGGGGUUCAGUCUUACAAGGGCACACCUGUUAGUGUGUUAUGUUAUACAUUACAUACAGGGACUUAUUAUAAUGGUCAUUCUUACAUCCAUCUAUUCAUCUUUUAACUGCUUAUCCUGUUUAGGCCG